AAACAACAGUAGAAACAAACACCCAUAAACCACCCAUACACCACUCAUACAACACCCAUACAACACCCGUACAACAUCAACAACCAAAACCCAUCAAAAUGUCGUCAGCCAUUCCCACGUCCACCGCAGUCGUCGAAUCGACGGUCAUCAAGGCCCCAUUGGGCCAGGUGUGGCAUCACAUCAAGCUCGAGAGCUUUGGCAACUGGUGGUCCGCCAUCGACAAGAGCGAGGUGGUCAAGGGCGCCUCCCCAGACACCGACGUUGUCAAGUGGACUUUCAAGGAUGGCACUGUCAUUGAGGUCAAGCAGGAGGAACACAGCUCCAUCAACCACUACAUCACCUACUCCAUCAUCUCCUCCCAGCCAGAGCUCUCCUACAGCUCGGUGGUGAGCACUGUCCGCGCCUACGCAGUCACCAGCGGCGAGUUCGAGAACUCCACCUUCGUCGAGUGGACCGGCAACUUCUCUAGCGAUGCUGAUGCCGGAGUCAUCCAAGACGCCAAGUUCAAGCGCCGCGAGGGUCUCGAGGCUCUGGCCAAGGCCGCUACUUCCAAGAAGUGAGCGACACUUCGGAGGGCAUACUGAGCUCAAGACACGCGUAGACGGGUGUGGACUAGGGAAGCACGGUACGAAAUACCGAGAAGCAUGGACGUAACGAAGAGACGAGAAAAUGAUAGGCUAGCUUCAUAUGCUGCUGCAACGCUAUUGAGUCACGAGACAAUCGGCCACAGAUCUGUACACCACUUAAUGUGUGCACUUUUCGCAAUGUCGCGCGGCCACGCUUUCAGGGCGCAGAUGGCGUAGGGACUCGACUGACUUUCUUCGACCACUCUGGCGUCCGCGACAUUUCGAAACCGCUGUCUUUCUCCUGGUUGUCAAUCGAUUCUUCUGACCUGGUAUAUCCUUCCAUGUCGCGUUCGGCAUAUGAUGUUACUUCGCAGCCACCGAUACCUAGGUAGUUUGACAAACUAUAACUUUGAAAAAAUACUAAG